AGUCAAGGCCAAGAUUAGUUACACAUGUUUAAUUUAGCGGACGGUUAUUACCAACUGACGUUAAAUUGGUUACAGCACGUAACUUUGUCGUAUUUUUACAUGAGUUCAGUAGUUGCUUUAAACUCAGCUAAGAUAUUGACAGCGUCCCUUAGGUAUUUCUAUUUUAGUCAGUAAAAAAAUAAAAUAAUAAAACCCCAGGUUUUCACGUAGGGAGCUGCCCCAAUCCGUGAUUGGAGGACGGAAUGCCACGUGUCUUUACUAUGCUACACGAGCACAUUUGAUUACCUUUACAGGUUGCUUCGUAGGGCCGUUGAGGAUAAAUCUCUCAAAGGUUUUGACUGCAUCUGCUGCAGAGUAAGCAGAGGUUGUCCACAGACUUGGACUUUUUAAUGCAUUGAGUUGGGACUGCUUUUAACCACCACAAUGGCUUUGAGCUCAUUCGACAUCGAUGCGCCACGAUGGGAUCAGUCUACGUUUAUGGGCCGACUGAAACACUUCUUCAACAUCACAGACUGGCGAACGGCGCUCUUACCUGACUCACGCUUGGAUGAGGCCAAAGCUUUAGUGGAAAGCUGCAGGGCAGGAUCCACCCCUCCCGGAACCACAGAGGAGCAGCUCCACUACGCUAAGAAGCUGUACGACUCAGCCUUCCACCCAGACACCGGAGACCGUAUGAACCUUAUUGGCCGCAUGUCCUUCCAGGUCCCUGGAGGCAUGGCCAUCACCGGCUGUAUGCUGCAGUUCUACAGGACAGUUCCUGCUGUGGUGUUCUGGCAGUGGGUGAAUCAGUCCUUCAAUGCUCUUGUCAACUACACAAACCGUAACGCUGCCUCCCCCAUCACUACCAAGCAGAUUGGAGUUGCCUACAUCACAGCAACCAGUACAGCGUUAGCAACAGCAGUUGGCCUUAAUCUCUACACAAAGAAAGCUCCUCCUCUCGUGGCUCGCUGGGUCCCCUUUGCCGCAGUGGCCGCAGCCAACUGUGUUAACAUUCCUAUGAUGAGGCAACAGGAAAUUCUUAAUGGUAUUGCUGUCACAGAUGAAAAUGGCAACAAACUGGGCCACUCUAAGAAAGCAGCCGUAAAAGGCAUCACUCAAGUGGUCAUCUCUCGGAUCACCAUGGCUGCACCAGGAAUGAUCAUCCUCCCCAUCAUCAUGCAGAGGGUGGAAAAAUACAAGUUUAUGCAGAGAAUUACGUAUCUCCACGGACCAAUUCAAGUGAUGAUGGUGGGAGUGUUUUUGGUCUUCAUGGUGCCUGCUGCCUGCUCCCUGUUCCCUCAGAGAUGCUCUAUGGCUGUGUCGAAGCUGGAGCCCGAGCUGAGAGACUCCAUCAUGUCUCAGUAUGGAGACGGUGUACAACGUGUCUACUUCAACAAAGGCCUCUGAGGCUAAGAGGGCUGAUUAGCAUUAUCUGUCCACCACACAAGCCUGAAUACAUAUGUGUUAAUGUAAUAGUUUGCAUUUUCAAAUUGUUAGUCAUUAUCGGGGGGAGGAUUUUGAUCAAUCAUGUCACUAUUUUGUUGUAUCCGUUUUUCUUUCUUUGGUUCAAAAUGUGUCUGUUUUCUUACAUUAAACAGAUACAAGGGGCACGGGUACUCCUGUUGAGAAACCCAAUGAUCUUCUCUCAGGAACAGUGCAUUACUUUGUCAGAUUAAAGCUCUGUUAGUUUGUCCUUCAUGGUG